AUGGCCGACCUCAUUGGAAGCGGUGGCACCGCUUCCAACGGCAACGCGUCCAACUCGGCCCGCCACCGUCCGACCGGCACGCCCAACCCUACCAGCUCACCUUCCGGUAUUCGUGGUCCUAGAAUGAUCAUGCAGGAGCGCGCUGCUAGAGAGGCAGCCCGACAGAGAGCUGAGCAAGAGCAGAUGCAGUUGGAGAGACAGCGAGCCGAGCAAGAAGCUCGUCUAUUGGAGGACACUCAGAGACGGAAUGCGGAGCGCCGAGCCGCCGCCGCCGCCGCCGCUACUGGCGCUGCCGGAGGAGCAUCAACUGGUGGCACUGCCAACGUGCCCCAGCAGGACCCCGCCUCCCAACGCCGACCCGUGGCCACCGAUACCCCGCAGGCCCGAACCAACCCGGGAGGAAGCUCCCGCCAGCCUACCACAUCCCAAGCCCACCCCCGACAUGGUCGAACGGCAUCCGUUUCGCAAUCCGGCCAGCAGCCCUACAGCACCGCCCCUCAGGCCGGCACCGCUCAACAACCCCCCAACACCUCAGUUCAGGCUGGGCAGGAUGUUGCAUCGAGACCUAGGAACUCCUUUCCCCAUGCGUUCGAGCGUUGGGAGACCCUGUCGGCUCACUGGGAGGGUCUUACCAGCUUUUGGAUUCGACGGCUCGAGCAGAACAAUCAGGACAUCGAACGCGACCCCAUCAACCAGGCUCUCUCUCGUCAAGUCACCGAUCUUACUGCGGCCGGCGCCAACCUUUUUCAUGCAGUCGUUGAGCUGCAGCGACUCCGUGCCAGCUCGGAGCGAAAGUUCCAAAGAUGGUUCUUCGAGACCAGAGCCGAGCUGGAGCGCGCCCAGGAGGUCAACGCCAUGUUGGAGGCGGCCCUUGAAGAGGAGAGACGUGCUAGAGAGAACGCUGUCCAGGCCGCCAUCCAGAAGGAGCGUCAACACUCGGCCAACGAUGAGCGCGUGAAAGAGAUGAAGAAGGAGCUCCAGAUCUCCAAGGAAGAGGCCCGUCGUGCCUGGGAGGAGCUCGGCCGACGUGAGCAUGAGGAGCGCGAGCGGACCCUGUCUCUGCAGAGCGGCCAGCCCACCAUCGUCGGCGGCGUCCAAGUUGUUCCCAUGACCCAAGGCGUCCCUAGCCGUCACGGCAGCUCUCGUGAGCAGCGCGGAUACCAGCCCGAGUAUAGCGGUCAGCAAAGCGGCUACACCGGGGAGUACUCGCAAACCCCCGGCGGGCAGUCCACCGCCGCAGAAUCGGAGGGUGUCACUUACACCGGUACUGGUUCCGAGGGCGGAUACUCUGAAGGUGAGUACGCCAUUGACGCACAGGGCCAAUUCAUUCGCGAUUCCCAAGGAAACAAGGUGCCCUUCAUUGCUCCGCCUUCCCCAGUUUCUGACGAAGGCACAGAAGAGUAUGAGACUCCCGCGACCAAUCCUCCCAGCGCCGGCUACGCGCAGAAUCCCACCACGGCUGGAGAGCAACAGCAGCAGUCGUACGGCGCUCAGGAUUACUCGGGUUCAGGAUAUGCCGCACCAGGCUGGGAGACUGUCCCCCGGCACCACCAUCCCACACGCCUGAGCGACGUCAUGGAAGAGGAUGAGCGUAGCCGCGCCAGCAACAGUCAAGUCGGCGCUCGCCACUAG